AUGAAGAACAGUAGUCCUCAAGAUUGGCCUGAGCCAAUAGUCCGGGUUCAGUCCUUGUCCGAAAGGUGCAUAGAUUCAAUCCCAGAGAGGUAUAUCAAACCCCUUAGUGACCGUCCAUCUUCUGCUCUUGACGAUGAUGCCAACAUCCCAGUCAUUGACCUCGCAGGGCUUUACGGUGACCCAGAUGCCCGAGCCUCCACGCUCAGGCAAAUCUCUGAGGCCUGUAAUGAGUGGGGCUUUUUCCAAAUCGUGAACCAUGGGGUUAGUCCUCACUUGAUGGACAUGGCUAGGGAAACAUGGCGACAGUUCUUUCACAUGCCUCUGGAGGUGAAGCAGCAAUAUGCAAACUCCCCCAAAACUUAUGAAGGGUAUGGUAGCAGGCUUGGAAUCGAGAAAGGUGCCAUUCUUGAUUGGAGUGAUUACUAUUACCUUCAUUACCUUCCCUUGUCAUUGAAAGACUGCAACAAAUGGCCCACUCACCCUCCCUCUUGCAGGGAAGUGUGUGAUGAGUACGGAAGAGAGCUGGUGAAGCUAUGUGGGAGGCUGAUGAAGGUUCUGUCCAUAAACCUAGGAUUGGAAGAGGAAGUGCUUGAGAGAGCUUUUGGAGGAGAAGAUAUUGGAGCAUGCAUGAGGGUGAAUUUUUACCCAAAGUGUCCAAGGCCAGAACUGACGUUGGGUUUGUCUUCUCACUCAGAUCCAGGAGGCAUGACACUCUUACUUUCAGAUGACCAAGUCCCUGGUCUUCAAGUCCGAAAAGGCGACAAUUGGAUCACGGUGAAGCCUCUUCCCCAUGCUUUUAUUGUCAAUAUUGGUGACCAAAUUCAGAUUCUAAGCAAUGCAAACUACAAGAGUGUGGAGCACAGGGUGGUAGUGAAUUCAAACAAAGAGAGAGUUUCCCUGGCCUUCUUCUACAAUCCCAAAAGUAACAUACCCAUAGAGCCAGUAACGGAGUUGGUGAAACCAGACAAACCUGCACUCUACACUGCCAUGACCUUCGAUGAAUACAGACUCUUCAUUAGAUUGAGAGGACCAUGCGGAAAAUCUCAUGUGGAGUCGUUGAAAUCUCCAAGAUGA